UAGACACCAAUGCGAUAGCAGCUGGGUCUGGUCUGCUUUGUUCAUUGAUUGAACCAGAAAAAACAGCGACUGAAUUGGAAUCCUUCCUGGCCCCCCCAAAAAAACGUGACUAGCUAGCAUAUUGACGCCGAUAAAUACAGAAACAAAUGUCUUUGAAUGCUAACUGUCAAAGGUGACCGUUAGGAUCGCGUGACUAGAAUGGGGGAUAAUUUGGAGCGCGUGCUCCAUUGCGAUGACAAGGAGGAGUUGAGGCGGAAACUGGCCCUGCUACAGAGGGAGUACUCCAGGACAGUUCAGAGAUUACAGCGAGCUGAGCGUUCAGAUGCCGUGCGGAAGCAUGUGAGGAGUCGGAUCUCUGAGCAGAACCUCCAGGACCAGACAGACGCAGUCUCAGCCAGCACCUUUCCCAAMCCAGCUCUACCCUCCCUCUCCCUUGGUAGCCCUGCUAGGACAGCCCCAGACUCGACUGUGGCGGCAUCGUGUCCAGUGGAAUCUGAGAACCCCAGGCGGAGGAGUCCGUCCAUCCGCUUCCUCCUCCCCGUCGAUGACUCUUGCCCUCGGACACCUGACCUUAACCCUCACAGACGAAGCCACUCCCUCCGGCUGAGGUCACGGAGAAGCCGGUUGCGCUGGGAGCGGACGGGGAGGGUCCAGGGCGGCGAGGGGGCAGGGGGGAUGUACGACACGGAGACCAGCGAGGAUGGGCUGGAGCUGGACGCACGGACAGAUAAAGAAGAGGAUGGAGAGAAGAGAAAUAUGGAGGAAGAGAAGGAGGGCGAGAGGGAGGAGAAUGAGAGGGAAACUCCARAUAAAGAGGCACUGAAACAGAGAGAUGGAGAGGAGAGAGAAGAACAGAGGASAURUGGACAGAAGGAGRUGGAGAAGGAAGGGGUGAACCUGAGGAGAGAUGGAGAGCAUGAGAGAGAAGARGGUGRUGAUUCAGGAGCUGUGGGAGUCUCUGUUUUAGGGUCUGUUGGGUUGUGUAACACUGGGGGGGUCCUGGACUCGUGCACUCUGGUGGAAGGUCUGCCGUUCCCUGUAGAAUACUACAUCAGAACCACGAGACGCAUGGCCUCUUCACAGAGCCACAGAGACCUGCAGGCGUCAUUGCUGAACCAACUCAACAGGGGGCGCCACAGAAGGAGCGGGGCCAGAUGUCUGACACACACUCACUCUUCAACUUCACACUCCGACUCACUAAGCACAACCCUCCAAUCACCGCCAGUGCCCGACAACUGACCUCAAACUCACCGACCAAUCGCACACACGGUCGAGGAGCCAUCAGCCAAUCAGAUGCUUACCGCUGAGUCGGGGCCAAUCAGAGUGAGCGUUUACCUUCCAGAGCCUGCAGUGUUCGGCCUAUCAGAGGCCGGAGGAGGAGAGGAAGGAGGCCGAGACUGGGCCGCUCUCUUAAGUUUGGACUCGGAUCCUCCAGCACCAGGCCCAGACAACACCCAGACCCCGGCCGCUAUUAGCCCAGCCUCACAGCCUCUCCCUGGGGGUGAAAUGUCCGGAGGCGCUGGCUCUUUCUGGAGGUGUGGAGGAACAGCUUUAUCCCAUCUUCAGAGGAGCUGUGUCCUCCCCUCAUUCACACAUCAAAGCAGA